AUCUUUAUGUCAGAAGCUGGGAAAAUUAACCAGAAGAUUAAAGUAUGGUUCAGUGACUAUUUCAAUGUCAGUGAUACAAUUGCCAUUGUUACUUUCUUCAUUGGGUUUGCACUAAGAUUUGGAGCAAAAGAGAACUUGACUGAUACAACUAAGAGAGAAACUAACAUUUUUGUUGUUGGAAGAAUAACGUACUGUCUAAAUAUUAUAUUUUGGUAUGUAAGAUUACUGGAUUUCCUAGCUGUAAAUCAACAGGCUGGCCCUUACGUCAUGAUGAUUGGCAAAAUGGUGGCCAACAUGUUCUACAUUGUGGUGAUUAUGGCACUUGUACUGCUUAGUUUUGGGGUUCCCAGGAAGGCAAUACUCUAUCCUAAUGAAGAACCAUCUUGGACUCUUGCUAGAGAUAUUGUGUUUCAUCCAUACUGGAUGAUUUUUGGUGAAGUUUAUGCAUAUGAAAUUGAUGUAUGUGCAAAUAAUACAGAGCUUCGCGAUCUAUGUGGACCUGGAACAUGGCUGACCCCAUUUCUUCAAGCUGUCUACCUCUUUGUACAGUACAUUAUUAUGGUUAAUCUCCUUAUUGCAUUUUUCAACAAUGUGUAUUUACAAGUAAAGGCAAUUUCCAAUAUCGUAUGGAAGUAUCAACGCUAUCAUUUCAUUAUGGCCUACCAUGAAAAACCUGUUCUGCCUCCACCUCUUAUUAUUCUUAGUCAUAUGGCUUCCUUGUUUUGUUGUAUAUGUAAAAGAAGAAAGACAGACAAGACUUCAGAUGGACCAAAACUCUUCCUAACCGAAGAAGACCAAAAGAAACUUCAUGACUUUGAAGAGCUGUGUGUUGAAAUGUAUUUCAAUGAAAAAGAUGAUAAAUUCCAUUCUGGAAGUGAAGAGAGAAUUCGAGUCACAUUUGAAAGAACAAAAAGUUUACCUUUUUUUUUUCUCCCCCCCCCCCCCCCCAUUCAGAUCAAAGAAGUUGGUGAUCGAGUCAACUACAUCAAACGGUCAUUGAACUCUUUAGAUUCUCAGAUUGGUCACCUACAAGAUCUCUCUGCUCUCACUGUGGAUACGCUAAAAACACUAACUGCACAAAAGGCUUCGGAAGCCAGCAAAGUCCAUAAUGAAAUUACGCGGGAGUUAAGCAUUUCAAAACAUUUGGCACAAAAUCUUAUUGAUGAUGGUCCUCUAAGAUCUUCAGUGUGGAAAAAAAACAUUGGAAAUGUGUAUGGUUCUUCUUUUCCACAAGGAAACCUUGAAAAUAAUGCUUUAUUUUGUAACAUUUCUAUGCACAAUGAAAGAGAGAUCCAACAUCAGACAGUUGAUCAAGAUUUAGUUACAGUUCCUAGGGGGGAAGAAGUAAACUUUCAAGAGGCAGGUUCCUCAGGCAGUGCCUUAUUUCUAAGUGCUGUUUCUCCUCCAGAACUUCGACAAAGAUUACAGGGUGCAGAGACCUCAAAAUCCAUUAACAAAAAUAAAAAAUUAGGCAAUUCAUCAAACAGCAUGCCACAUCUGUCUUCACCAACAGCUAAACUUUUUGUUAGCACUCCAUCUCAGCCGAGCUGCAAAAGUCAGCUGGAAUCAACAAACAAUGAAGCUGCAGUUUUAUCUAAGGCUACAGAAGGAGAUAAUAUUGUAGAAUUUGGCGCAUUUGUAGGUCACAGAGACAGCAUGGAGUUACGAUUUAAGGAGUCAGCGAUUAAAAUUAAAGACAAAAAUGGUAAUAUUGAGGAUGGUCUUCAAACUGAUUGCAACAUAGAACAGGAUAAUUCUUGUGGUGGAUUUACAGACUAUCACCAAAACUCUUUGGCAGUUCAUUCAGAACAAUCUCACAACAAAAGUAGAAGAGCAUCAGCUGAAGAUACUCAGCAAGUAGAUUCUAAGGCUGCCUUGCUCACGGAUUGGUUACAAGGUAGACCUUCGAGUAGCAAUCAAAUGCCUUCUGAAGAUGAUGGCUUGAAUGGUAUUGCUUCUCCUUUCAAGCCUAUUAUGGACACCACUUACUACUACUCAGCUGUGGAAAGAAAUAACUUGAUGAGACUAUCACAGAGCAUUCCUUUCACUCCCGUGCCUCCAAGAGGUGAGCCAGUCACUGUGUAUCGCCUUGAAGAAAGUUCUCCCAACAUCUUGAACAACAGCAUGUCUUCCUGGUCACAGCUAGGACUCUGUGCUAAAAUUGAAUUUUUAAGUAAAGAGGAGAUGGGAGGUGGAUUACGUCGAGCUGUUAAAGUAGUAUGCACGUGGUCAGAAUAUGAUAUCCUGAAAUCAGGACAUCUUUAUAUCAUCAAAUCUUUUCUUCCUGAAGUUGUAAAUACUUGGUCAAGCAUUUAUAAAGAAGACACAGUGUUACACCUCUGUUUGAGAGAAAUUCAACAACAGAGGGCAGCACAGAAGCUCACAUUUGCUUUCAAUCAAAUGAAACCUAAAUCCAUUCCAUAUUCUCCUAGGUUUCUGGAAGUUUUCCUGUUAUAUUGUCACUCAGCUGGGCAGUGGUUUGCAGUUGAGGAGUGCAUGACUGGAGAGUUUAGAAAAUACAACAAUAACAACGGUGAUGAAAUAAUUCCAACUAACAUGCUAGAAGAAGUCAUGCUAGCAUUCAGCCACUGGACUUAUGAAUAUACAAGAGGGGAGUUGUUAGUCCUGGACUUGCAAGGUGUGGGUGAAAAUUUGACAGAUCCCUCUGUUAUAAAAGCUGGAGAAAAAAGGUCAUAUGAUAUGGUGUUUGGUCCAGCCAACCUAGGAGAAGAUGCAAUCAAAAACUUCAGAGCUAAGCAUCACUGUAAUUCUUGCUGCAGGAAACUUAAGCUUCCUGAUCUGAAGAGAAAUGACUAUACUCCUGACAAAAUUAUAUUUCCUCAGGAUGAUUCUCCAGAAUUGACAAUUCAACCUGGAAGCUGUACCAAAGAAUCAGAAUCAACUAGUUCUAUUCGUUUAAUGCUGUAAUCCCAUGAGCAAACAUUGGCUUUACCCAAACUUGACACAAUGUCACUAAGUUAUAGAUUAUCUGUCUUCCACUAAAAUUAGAAGAAAAGAGAGAUCAAAACAAAGAACCAAGUGUUAAGUGGAAUUUUAAUGUCUGGUCCAUAAUCGAAUGACCUAACAUGUGGUAACCAUCUACAGAGAAGAGCUGGCAGCUGAUUAUUUUAAAGAUUGAAUAUUUAUGGAAUGUUUUUAAAGGGUCUUUUUUAGGAGAAGGUUCUUUUUAGUUUUGCUUUCGUCCAUUGGAGGUUUGUUUAAUCCUCUAAAUCUGUGGUAGUGCAAUAGGUUUUUGACUAAAAGGAUUUUGUUUUUGUUUUUUGUUUUAAGGCAAAGUGUCUGUUUGGCAGCUGGUUUACUGUCAGCCAGCUAGAGAGAUGGGAGACCGCAUCUGUGAUUGUCAGAGGUUUCCCUGGGCAUUGUCCGAAGUGUCCCAUCUCAUUAGAUGCAAUGUAUUGUUCUGGCCUUUCGAAGGGAACGGAUCCAAAGGAUCUGUGUGUUAUGGUGCCAGUAUGCUGAGGCUGAAGGCAGAAAUGGAUCUAUUCCAAUAAGGAGUUUGUCUCCUGAAUCAGGAUUCAGCUUCAUAGGUGUGUUUUUAUGGAAUAGAGCCUUAAUUGUGAAAUAAAAUUUCCUGUUUUUAUACAUUUCAGUUUUAUCAAGUCACUGUCGAUAGUAAAUAAUACCAGGAUUGACUGGUAUAAUUACAUUAUAUAGUAGAGAAGAGUAUGUACUGGUCCAAACAAGAAGUUGCCUUGUUUUAAAAAGAAAAAGUUGGAAGUGCUUUUUCUUGUAAUGACUGCUUCUGAAGUUAUGCCUUCCAAAAAUCUCAUAAAACAGAAUAUAAAAGCAGAAUGUACACAUGAACUUUUAAUGUAUUUAAAAUGUAUAGAAACAUCUUUAAUGUUAUGUUAUUUGUGGUACUUAUUUAAAAAGAGACUAGGUUUGGAUUAGCAUUAUGUAAAGUUCGGGAGAUUGCAAUGCAACUUUAUGCCAAUAAAAUGUAAUUUAAUUGUCCUAAUCUUGUUGAGUAUUCAACAAGAAAAAACUUGUCCAACUGAAGUUUCAUGCUGCGAUUUUUAUUUUGUUUGUUACAUAGGUACUAAUUUGUAAUUUUUAAUUGAAGGGCAGUAUAAAGCUCUAUAAAUUUUUUUUAUUCAGUAGUGUAUCUUAUAGAUACAGACCUAAGGCACGAACACAAUAGCUGUUUAAAUCGUGUUUUAUGUUGACUGGGGAAAGGUAAAGUGUAUUAAAGAUAUAAUACUGUAUACAUUUUGUAUAUCAUUAAAUCUUUAAAUCUGAAAUAAAUUUAUUCUUUAGACUUCUGCUGUCCUUAUCUGAAAUGGAUGUCUUAAGUUUUCUUUGGGUGAAUAUGAAUUUUAUUCAAGAUCAUAGAAAUUGCCAUAUUAGAUCAGGCUAGUGAUCCAUCUAUUAGGGGUAGCCUUCUUAAAAGGUGGCUAAUAUCAGAGGAAAGUGUAAAAACUCCCCUAUUGGACAAUUAUGCAAUAACAUAAAUGAAUAAACAUGAAUAUACAAUUUUUGAGCUACUUAAAUUGUUUAUUUAGAAAUGAGAGCACAUUAUUUAAUUUGAGUUAAAUGAAUAUAAAAUUAUGGGGUAGCUUGAGUAGUAAAGUGUGGUUACAUUCCUGUCUUAUUGCUGGAAGACAUGAGGUUUUUUUAUAUGUAAAUCCAGUCCUUCAACUUUAAUUCCUGUAUCAUUAUAUUUUUAGCUAAAUAAAACAAACAUUUAAUAAACCAGAUAAGAAUGUUUUCAGAGUUCAGUGGGAAUAUCUACCACAGGAAAUUCUUCAGGGAUACAAUCAAGGACUGGAAGGACAUAUACUAGAAGCAAGAUUAUAUAAAAAUAAUCAGUUACUACAGGAAAAAAUGUAAUAGAACGUUGGGUGAGUGAGGGUAGGUGUAUCUGUAUAUACAGGGCUCAAGAAACCGCAGCGAAAUCCAUUCACCAGCCCCGCACCGCACAUGCCAGACCUGCACUGCGCAUGUGCGCACCACCAGUGAACGGGGUGACCAGCUGAAAUCAUCUCACCACGGGCAAUAUUUAGGUGCUGAUGUAUGUCAGAGCUAAACAAUCUAACUGCACUGUCACAAAAGUACAUAAAAGGUGAGUCCACUGAGAGGGCUGGUUCCCUAGCUACCAAUGAGCAACCAUGUGACCUGGAAAAGGAGCGGCACUUGUUUUUCAGCCUGUGACUGCACUUCACAACUACCCAGUUUUUCUGGUUGCUUCUAAAUCAGUGCCACACAAUUUAUAACCGCAAGAGGAAAGGGGAUUUUUAACAGAAAGCAUGGGCGUAACAGUGCAUGUUGAAUACUGCUCAGGAUGAGGGUAUGCAGCCCGUUAUCAGGAGCUUGCCAAGAAAAUCAAGGAGCAAGUUCCUGAUGCGGAGAUCUCUGACGAAGUGGGCAGGAAAGGAAGCUUUGAAGUCAAGAUCAAUGGCAAGCUGGUAUUUUCUAAGAUCGAAACUUCUGGCUUUCCUUUUGCAGAAGACAUUGUGGAAGCAGUCAAAAAAACGAAGGAUGGAGGAAGUUGUGAGAAAAUCAUCAGGAACAAAAAAAUUUGCACCCUUCUGUAGAAGGAACCACAGAAUUUAAUGGCACCUGCAUUCCAAGUGGGAACAGAUUCUUUUAAUGAUUGUUUUUGUCAAAAAGAUGAUAAAAUCAGGAAAAAAAACAAGAAACUGUUCUCUGGGGUGCAGUGUUCAAGUGUCUUACUGAACUACAAUAAAGUGAAAUAAUUUAAAAUUC